UGGGUCCGGGUCCGUAAAUGCCGCGUGCUCAUCACUCGCAGACACUUUAGAAUGCAGCCAGUAUCUUUAAGAUGCGAAAGAUGGACGGAGAUCUUAAGUGGCGUAAAUGCGAAAACGGGAGUACGUCGAGGAGAUGUACGGAUUUUGAGAACAAGAUUUCACAAGGUGUUGCUUAAUCCGCAUUAGGCAGAAGUUAUUUUGUUUACUUUAAUACAGUUACCAUUUCCCUUAUGCUUUUGCAUCACUUCUACCUCCCCAUCAGCGACAUCACUUCUGUAUAAUUCGAUAUCAGCUUGAUGUUAUAUUGGAACAACCUACCUACCUUCAGUCCAAAUCUAUGCCUACUAUCCUUUGUUGUUAUAAAUAUUUUGGGUUAGUAAGCUUUGAACUGAAAUUCAACAUCAAAUCGAAUGAAAUCCAUAGCGAAUACAAUCCAACUAUCUUCAUGCGAAUACGAGGAGUAUUGGCCAUGUAUCUGAUGUUCCUUCGCCUGCUCUUCCACUGCACCACCGGUCACAUAUGGCGACACAGAUCCCUGCACAAGCGAAUGAUCAAUCCCCGUGAGCUCUUAAGCGAGUUUGCUGCAAUCAAGGAACCAGGAACCGGCGAUGUUGCUCUAAAGAUUUCUGGUAGCUCGGUUGCUUUGUACGAGAAUGGAGGAGCGUUGCCAGGACCAGGAGCAGGAACAGGUCCUUCCAAGGCGCCCUCCAACAAGGAUUGCGAUAUGCACACAAAGUGCAAUGUCAAGGCAAUCAUAACCCCCGGAGAUCCCAAGCAAAAGUCCUCGAUGAUCGCCAUGAAAGCUGCCCAGGAUGCAAAGGCGGCCAGUGAAGCACAAUCGGCCGCUGGCCAGGCGGCAGCCCAACACAUCAAGAUGGAGCUCGCGGAUAAGGCCUUUCAGUCGGCCAAGGCCGCCGAGGCUGCUCUGAUGGGCAAGCAGAUGAUGGUCGAUCAGCUGGAGCAGGAGGUCCAGGAAGCCAGUGCCGUGGUCGAGGAGGAGACCAACUCCAUUCACCACACGGAGGCCAAUAUGAAUGCCGCCGUGGACGCCGUUAAAGUGGCCGUGCAGCAAUUCGAAACGAUCAACGAGCUGCAAAGGACCUCCAGGGAGUCACUGGCCAACAUCCAGACGGUGGCCAUGGGAUCGCAGCAGGAAAUGGCCGCCAAGACACAGCUCCUGGAGGCCGCUCGCAACCGGUUGGCCAUGCUCCAAAAGCAGCUGGUUAGUGCCCACGACGACUAUGAGAAGACCAAGCAGGCCGCCUACAAGGCAGCCUGUGCCGCCGUGGAGGCCAAGCAGAGGGCAGGACCCCCACUGCCACAAUAUUAUAUUUUUUAAAUAAAUAUACAUAGCUUAGGGCAGCUUAAGUAUACAAUUGAUCCAACUAAAGACAAUGCAGGCAUGUUUUCAAUAAACUUUCGUAUUAGAAAUGUU